GCGCCGCUAUCCGCGGGCCCAGGCGAGGCCGGGCGGCCAUGGCCGCGGGGGCGCCCGGGCAGCGGCUGCGCGAGGAGGCCAGGUGCCCCGUGUGCCUGGACUUCCUGCAGGACCCGGUCAGCGUGGACUGCGGCCACAGUUUCUGCCGCGGGUGCGUCUCGGAGCUGUGCGCCAGGGCGGAGGGCGCGCAGGGCGGCGUCCACGCGUGUCCGCAGUGCCGGGCGCCCUUCCGGCCCGCGGGGUUCCGGCCCAACCCGCAGCUGGGCAGCCUGGUGGACGGCGUGCGGCGGCUGGGGCUGGGCGCGGGGCCCGCGGGGGCGCGCCGGUGCGCGCGGCACGGCGAGGACCUGAGCCGCUUCUGCGAGGAGGACCAGGCGGCGCUGUGCCGGGUCUGUGACACCUCCCCGGAGCACAGGAGCCACCGCACGGCGCCGCUGCAGGAGGCCGCCAGGAGCCACCAGGUAAAGCUCCAGCUGGCUCUGGAACUUGUGAGAAAAGAACUAGAAGAGGCUUUGGCUCAAGAGGCCAGUGUGAGGAAGCAGACUGUCAUUUGGAAGGAGAAGGUGGAAAUGCAGAGGCAGCGCUUCAGGUUGGAGUUUGAGAAGCAUCGCGGCUUUCUGGCCCUGGAGGAGCAGCUGCAGCUGAGGCAGCUGGCGGAGGAGGAGCGAGCCGCCCUGCAGAGGCUGCGGGAGAGCAAGAGGCGGCUGGGCCAGCACAGUCAGGCCCUGAGGGAGCUGGCGGAGGAGCUGGAGGACAGGUGCCGGCGCCCAGCCCUGGGUCUGCUGGAGGGUGUGAGAGGAGCCUUGGACAGCCGAUGGCUCUGUGCCUGUCUCAGAAGUAAGGCUGUCACCCGGCGGGAACCAGAGACCGUCCCCCUGGAGCUGAAGACAGUGUGUCGCGUCCCCGGGAUGAGGGAAAUGUUGAAGAAGUUCCAAGUUGACGUGAAGCUGGACCCCGCCACGGCGCAUCCCAUCCUCCUCUUGACCGCCGACCUGCGCGGCGUGCAGGAAGGAGAACUGUGGAGGGACGUGCCCCGCAACCCCGAGCGAUUUGACACGUGGCCCUGUGUCCUGGGUUUGCAGAGCUUCUCAUCAGGGAGGCAUUACUGGGAGGUGGUCGUGGGGGAAGGAGCAGAGUGGGGUUUAGGUGUCUGUCAGGACACGCUGCCGAGGAAGGGGGAAACCGCGCCGUCUCCCGAGCACGGGGUCUGGGCCCUGUGGCUGCUGAAGGGCGGCGAGUACCUGGUCCUCGGCUCCGCACCCGCGCCUCCUCUCCGGCUGGAACCGCCUCGCCGCAUUGGGAUUUUCUUGGACUGCGAAGCCGGUGAAAUCUCAUUUUACAGUGUCUCAAGUGGCUCUUACAUCUACACGUUCAACCCAAUGUUUUCUGGCUUUCUCCGGCCGUAUUUUUUCAUCUGUGACAUGAAUCCUCUUAUCUUGCCACCUAUGACAGAAGCGGAAUCAGGAAAUUGGGCCCCCUCGAGUCGUCCUGACGCUGCUUCUCAGGUUGGAGAUGAUCCUUCCUAGAAUUCUGUUCCCGGGGCCCAGGCUCGGCCUGGCAGAGGUUCCCGCAGCGGAGGGAAGGCCGUAAACACGCCGGGUCCCGGCAGGUGCCCCCAUGUGGGUGAGCACUGUGUUCCCUGCCCUGUGGAAGGUCCCAGGGGACACAGAGAGCAGCUGUGGAGCACGUGCGUGUGGCGGAACCCUGCAGUGUCAUGGCUUUAGAAAUGGGCCCAUCUCAUCUAACUCUAUUUGCAGAUGACGCCACACGCUUUCUUAAUGGCUCUUCCUUCAAAUUAAUGGCCUCCUAUGACACACAGAUUUCUAUGCCUUCAUUACGAUUUCUCAUUCCUUUUGAUACACUUUCACUCCUAGUCUUCCCUAUGUUAAGAAUCAGAAACGGCAGUUCUUACGCUGGUUCAGAAGGGUCUGAUAUUAUCCCAGCGUCAGACCCGCAAUUCUGUUUCUCUUCCUUUUCCUUAUUUUCCUUCUCUUUUCGUUCUCUCCCACCUCUGUCUCUGUCUCUCUGUUUCUCUCUCUCUUUCUUGUUGUGAUUUUUAUGUCUUAUUAUUUAACCUGUCAUUUCCUUCUAAAAUAAAAUAUGGGGAACCAUUUCUUCAUACAUUCACCUUUGCUGUGACUAUACUCAGUUACUUUCUAAAUUCUCUUUAUUCUGGGAUGACUUUUUGAGGAUUAUGAAAUUUAUUCCUCUGAAUCUAAUAUUAGGGAUUUCUGGUCUUUUUCCUUUAUCUUUGGCUACGUUAUUUUUAAUGUAGGGAUUUCUCAGAAUUUUGAGUCAACUAGUCCUUUGACCUAGACAGUUAUUCGUUAUAAGUUAUUAGUCUCUCUCUCAGUCCCAGCUACUUUUCCCAGUUCCUGUAUGUGGAACAGUGACACUGGCCUUACAGAGUUAUGGUAAACAUUUAAGGGCAUAAUUGAUAUUGUUGGUUUAAAUUCAACUUUUCUAUUUAAAUGCAAUAUAAAUGUGAUGAUGAUGAUGGUGAUGAUGAUGAUGAAAUUAUAAAAUUUAACUUAUUUCUAAAGUAUAUUCCGUAACUUUCCUGCAAACUUUCUUAAAAGCCAUUGAAGGCUAACUUUUCUGCCAUCAUUCUCUGUAUCUGUUUCUAAUAAAUAAUUGCAAAACAAAUGUUAAAAUGCUUACUUACUAAAUGCUUCAAUGCUAACCAAAUAUGAAUUAAUGGCAAAAUGCUUAACAUUAUCCUGAUAGUAAUCUGCCAAAGGUUUAAUCCUCUUCUUUAACUUUUGACUGACAUCUUUUACUUACCUUCCAAUCAUAUUAUUAAUGUAGCUUUCUUUCAAGAUUUUUCAAUUGUCUGAUCAUAAGUAAACACUUGCUGUCUCUGUCUCUCAUUUUCAAACAGAGGCUAUAACACGUCCUUCAACCCUGGUGUUGAUAUUUUACCGACCACGCAUGCUCCAGGCCUCUCUGCUGCAUGUCUGGGUGGGGAAAUGGGCUUCAGCUCAGCAGUAGAUCCCUUCCCCAAGGGGAUCCAGAGGGAUCGAGUCCCUGGUUUGAGAUCCCUCAAUCCAUGGGGCUCCAGCCAUUCCCUGGGGCAAGGAAGCCUGGGUGGGAAGGAGACUCCUACAUGUGCCUUUCACUUUCUUCCUAGGAUGAGAAGAGAGCCCCAGGGAUACCCCAUCCCUACCGUGUAACCCGAUGUUCAGCACUCCACCGUCCUCCUUCAAUCUUGUCAUCUCAUUGUGCAUUUUAUUGUGCCUUAUGUCAAUCAUUACACUGAUGUCUGCCUUCAUCCCUCGCAUUCUAAGCUUCAUAAAGCUUUGUGCAUCUCCUACGAUGAUCGCUUCUCCUUCCUUUCCAAUCCCUAGAAGCUUUCCACCAUUCCCUCUGGAAUUCUGCAUCAUUACCUGCAAAAUACUCUGAAUCUGUACUAUUUCCUGACCUUCCCCAUCCUUUCUCCUGAAUGCUAGUCUUUUCUAGUCAACGAUCCGCUUGAUAUCAAAAGAGAUAUUUUAAACUCCAUGUGCCUAUACCUUAACCCUAAAUUUCUCACCAAGUCGCCCUUUUACAAGAACAACCAAAUCAUAGGCCUCUCCGUCUCAGUGGAUGGUAACUGCCUUCUAGCCAUUGCUUGGGCCAAGCAUCGGGCUGACUCCUUUCUCGAUCUUACAGCCCACGUCCAGUCCGUCAGCAAACUCUGCCGGCCCCACCUCCAGAACAUAUCCAGGGUUCGGCCAGCCCUGACCACGCUGCUGCCAGGGCCCUGGUCUGAACUUCUACCCUCCUCCACUGGAUACACGUUCACUUCCUGACGGUGGUCCUGGCCGGGCUCCAGCCCUCCCAUUUCCAUUCACAGCACAGCGAUUGGGUGACCCCUUAGCACCCAAGACAGUGGCACCAUCUCAGCGACCUCCUGUUCAACUUAUAGUCAGAAUCUGCACAGUGAACCCUCAGACCCCAGAGUUCUGAACCUCGAUCCUGUCUCUGGUUCUCUCCUUCUUCUCUUACUUCUCUGUUCGUUCUGCCUCAGCUGCCCUGGCUUCGUGGGUGCUUUGCACCAAACCAGACACUUGACAGCAGAGGGCCUUUCCCCCACCUACGGCUUCUGCUUGAAAUUCCCUUUGCCCUGAUGUCCCCUGGCCUCAUUCCCUUUCCUCCUUUGUGUCUGCUGGAACCCAGCCUCUCAGUGGGCAGCACGCAGCCCAGCCCCCAGAGCCCACCCAGAGCCACCUUCCCACUCCACCUUCCUGGCUAAUGGAGGCUCUGUUUGCUCAUGCAGUGUGUGGCAACUAGUGGAUUACCGUGUUCUCAUAUUUAUUAGGGUUAUUUUUAUUUAUUGAUUUUUUGCCUUUUAAUGGUAGAAUGUAAAGACCAUGAGGGGAGGGAUUGUUGUCAAUCGACAAUGGCAUGUUCAUCGACGUAUCCCAAGCACCAAAAUGUUGGUUUGUGUGUGGUUAUCACUCAAUGCGUAUUUGUUGAAUGAACAGAUGAUUGACUAUUUGGAAAGCAGAAUUAAAUGAUGGACCUGAAAGUGUUUUGUGAUGUUAAUAUAUUGUAGUGAUAUA